AUGGAGAAGGAGAAGAACAACAAAUACAGUAUAAUAGUCCCAACGUACAACGAGCGGCUCAAUAUUGCUCUUAUCGUUUAUCUUAUCUCUAAACAUCUCCGGGAUGUUGAUUUCGAAAUCAUUGUUGUGGACGAUGGGAGUCCUGAUGGUACUCAAGAAGUUGUAAAACAGUUACAGCAAGUAUACGGAGAUGAUCGCAUUUUGUUAAGACCUAGAGCGAAGAAGCUUGGAUUAGGUACGGCUUAUGUUCAUGGGUUGCAGCAUGCGUCUGGGAAUUUUGUUGUCAUCAUGGAUGCUGAUCUAUCCCACCAUCCAAAGUACUUGCCCAGCUUUAUCAAGAAGCAGUUGGAGACCGGUGCAAGUAUAGUUACUGGAACUCGUUAUGUUAAAGGUGGAGGCGUACAUGGGUGGAAUCUGAUGCGCAAGCUAACUAGUAGGGGAGCUAAUGUUCUUGCUCAAACACUUCUGUGGCCUGGUGUAUCCGAUUUGACAGGAUCUUUCAGGCUUUAUAAGAAAUCAGUGCUUGAAGAUGUCAUCAGCUCUGUGGUUAGCAAGGGAUAUGUCUUUCAAAUGGAGAUGAUUGUUCGGGCUUCCAGAAAAGGCUACCAUAUUGAGGAGGUUCCAAUUACCUUCGUUGACAGAGUAUUUGGGAGCUCAAAGCUAGGAGGAUCUGAAAUUGUCGAAUAUUUGAAAGGCCUUGCGUAUCUUCUGGUUACAACAUAA